GUUUGACAUAGACACUACAUGGGAUCAUCGACAAUUCGAAGAUAUCUGAUAUAGUGUCCCGUCUCGGGCAAGCAUUCCUCUCUCUUAGGCCAGUUGCGUCCACACCGCGAAACGCACGAAAUCGCCAUGUCCACGCAGUCCUUAAGCUCGCUCCUCUCCAGAGCGUCCAUUGACGACCAUGAAGAAGUCCUCCGCUCGUGCGAUGCUGCCUUAGCAAAGUCGAGGUCCGAUAUUCAGGCCCAGCAUGUUAAGGUGGUUGCUUUGUUGAAACUCGAUCGGUACGAAGACUGUCUACGUGUUUUCGAGGAAGGCGGGGAUAUCCUGAAGAAGAAGGCGGCGUUGGAAUACGGUUAUACUCUCUAUAAGACCGGGCACCCCGAGACUGCCAUUGAUGUUGUUUCAAGCCUGGCCGGCGACCGGGGUGCACGGCAUCUGGAAGCCCAGGCUACAUAUCGGGCCGAGAAGUUUCGUCGUACGGCGGAGAUAUACCAAGGACUUUCUCGGGAGUCAGCGCCAACGGUGAACGAGGAGAACGAUUUACGAAUCAACAGCUGGGCGACGGAUGCACAACUGCAGUGGAAAGGCCACCCCGAGUCUGUUCGCCAUACAAGGCCUACGAGAGACGAUCUGGAGGCGUUUGAGACGGUCUACAAUGCGGCAUGUCUAAGUAUUGCGAAAGGCGAAUUUGACCAAGCCGGAUUGCUCUUGAAGCGUGCCAAAGAACUCUGCCGCACCUCGGAAGACCUUACCCCUGAAGACAGGGAUGCUGAAUUGCUUCCAAUCGCUGUGCAGCAGCUGUACGUUCUGAUUUGUCAGGGCAAGUCGGCAGAGGCCGAGUCCAUCCUGGAGGAGAUCUCAAUCAAAGAUAUCUCCGAAUUAUCCACAAAACGAAUUGGUCAGAAUAAUGCCGCGAUCGCUCGCGGGACCACGGCGAACCCAUAUGCCCUGUACGAAGCGCUCCACGAAGUACCCGACUCAACGGAUAACGACAAGUUGUUUGACUAUCAGUACAAUGUCAUGACAGGUAACCUCCACGCCGUCGAUCUUCUAGUUCACAAAUACGACGGCAUAAUCCGAUCCACUUCCAAGGCUUUGUCGCAAGCCCCGUUUCCGUCUACAGAAGCUAGCACAAACCUGUUGUCAGUUUACAAUGUAGCAGCACGGGCCAAGGGUGAGACAGGAACACCAGCACUAAAGGCAAUCCUUUCUGCAGUGGAGAGACGGCCAAAGGAUAUUGGGCUGGUCCUCACUGCCGUACAACUCUACGUGAACCAGGGCAAUACCACUUCCGCCAUCGUGAUCUUGGAGAGAACCCUUCAGCUUCUCGACGAGUCCAUUUCCGAGCAGGACAAGGAGAUCCGCUUCAACCCCGGUUUACUCAGUGUACUUAUUGCCUUGUACAAACGUGAGGGCCGAAAGACUCAGAUCAAAGCCGAAUUGGCCAAAGCUGCGACGUUCUGGAGUGGCCAAGCUGCCCAGCCAACGUCACUGCUCCGGGCAGCGGGAGCGUCUCUUCUGCACUCUUCACUUGCAUCGGAUACAUCCCAGGCCGCGGAGUUGUUCAAAUCUCUGUAUGAGAAGACGCCAGACGAUCUCUUCGCUGUUGCCGGCUACGUAGCCUCACAUGCAGCCAUUGAUUACUCCCAAGUCGAAGCGCAAGCAAAAUAUCUCCCAUCCGUUGACGACCUGAUCUCAGAUAUUGACGUUGCCGCUCUCGAAACUGCAGGUGUUGCCCCGUCAUCCUCUACCACUGCCGCUGCUGCCGCAGCGAUCGCGGGAGCGAGGAAGCGGCCUGCUCCCACUAAGGACCGUGUCGCGAAGCGAGUUCGAAAGUCCCGACUCCCCAAAGAUUAUGAUCCGAGCAAGACAGCCGACCCGGAACGUUGGCUGCCGCUACGUGACCGGUCAACCUACCGACCUAGAGGGAGGAAAGGUAAGCAGCGGGCUGCAGAGCGUACGCAAGGAGGGGUGGUCAGUGAGAAAUCUGAAGAGACUACGCUCUCUGGGCAGCAGCAGCAGCAAAAGCCCCAAACCGGGGGCUCUAGUCAAAAGAAGAAGAAGAAGGGGAAGCGGUAGAUGGUGGUAUAUUCUAGCUAGUCCAAUAGAUGAGCCAGGUGCAUCUAGCACAUA